UGACGUCAUGGGCGGAGUUUAGUUGAAGAUCGAAUUUGGAUUCGGUUGGCGGGCGCGGCCAUCUUGGUGAAUUAGUGACCUGGCGAUUCGGUUUAGUUAGUGAAAAAUCAUUUGUCAUCCACAAUGUCCGAAAGGGAAGAUAAUGUGUAUAAAGCUAAGUUAGCCGAGCAGGCUGAGCGCUACGAUGAAAUGGUGGAGGCGAUGAAGAACGUGGCAUCCCGCAACGUGUCUGACAAUGAACUCACAGUGGAGGAGAGGAACCUCCUGUCGGUGGCGUACAAGAACGUGAUAGGUGCGCGCCGGGCUUCCUGGAGGAUCAUCUCCUCCAUCGAACAGAAGGAAGAAACAAAAGGCGCAGAGGACAAGCUGAACAUGAUCCGGGCGUACCGCAGCCAGGUGGAGAAGGAGCUGCGCGACAUCUGCUCCGACAUCCUCUCCGUGCUCGACAAACACCUCAUCCCUUCCUCCCAGACCGGCGAGUCCAAAGUCUUCUACUACAAAAUGAAGGGUGAUUACCACCGAUACCUGGCGGAGUUCGCCACGGGCAACGACCGCAAGGAGGCGGCGGAGAACUCUCUGGUGGCGUACAAGGCCGCCUCCGACAUCGCCAUGACCGAGCUGCCGCCCACGCACCCCAUCCGCCUCGGACUUGCACUCAACUUCUCAGUAUUCUACUACGAGAUCCUGAACAGCCCGGACCGCGCAUGCCGGCUGGCCAAGGCGGCGUUCGACGACGCCAUCGCCGAGCUGGACACGCUGUCGGAGGAGAGCUACAAGGACUCGACGCUGAUCAUGCAGCUGCUGCGCGACAACCUGACGCUGUGGACGUCGGACAUGCAGGGCGACGGCGAGUCCGCCGAGGCCGAGCAGAAGGAGGCACAGCAGGACGUCGAGGAUCAGGACGUGUCGUAAUACGCUCCUCCCGCGUAUUAUAAUAUAAUAAAAAAAAUAACUAUAGUAUCAUGUAAGACCCGGCCCUCGAUGACGACCGGUCGUAAGACGCCGCCCCGACCCUCGCCCGCUCUCCCGUCGUGGCUAACAAAUCCGACAGUAUACAUUUUAAAUAUGUACUUCUUUUGAUAUAUUUGUUUUCGAUUACGAAAGAGAAUAAUGUAUAAGAAAAAAAGUACUUUGGUAUUGCAUUUUAUCUGUAUGUUCUAAGAUGUAUUUUCGGUACACUCUGAUUGAUCUCUUAGCUUUCCGCUGUCCUGCCCUCGUAUACAAAUUGUGGUGUCUCGCGAGUAACAGAGUAGAUAUGUCACCAACAGGGAUUUUUACUGUAUUUAAAAACGCUCUUAGACUUUCCAUCUCUCCGACGGCUACUCUUAAGGUGGGAAUUGUAAAUUUUCUAAGUAUUUUAUACCGUGUGUAAAAUUAAAUGUAUUUAACUCUGUUGAGACUUGUACAAGCACCAUAGCGGCAUGUGUAUUGUAAUGAAUUUUGUUUGUUUCGGUCACUAGUACGCCUCUCAUAGUUGGAUAUCUCCGCGUCGAUUCGGUCUGCACAAAUAGUCGUUUUAUACAAUGGACGUUACUCUGGUGGCUAGGUUGUGUUGAGACUGUUGCUAGUGUUGUAUUAGUGGGUGGUGGCUGCUAGUGGUAGCUCUCGUCGCGAGUCUUCCGCGCCAGCUCGCACCUCGCAGCUCGCUGCAUUUGUAUACAUUUGAAUGAUUCAUUAUAUUUUAACAGUAACAUUACAUUAUUAGGGUGGUAUAUGUAGUUACUUGCAAUAUUUAGCUAAGUGAUAGUCGCGUCACCCUGUUGGUCUUUAUGUAUCUAUCGUGUCGAGCGUACGUAUCGUAUUUAUUGCAACGGUUUGUGUAAAUUGUGACUACUGUGUAGUACUAUCGUCUGAACAAAGUGCGCUCCGCCGUACACGUCGAUGUGCCGCUUCGUUCGUAUCGCAACAUUUGGAGUAUUCACACUUGAAUUGCUUUAAUUACUUACGAGUAUUGUGAUAGAGAUUUUGUAUAUUUUAAUUUAUUUUUUUAAUUUCGCAUGUUUCUCGAAAACAAAAAUUGCUGUAGCGCUACAUCUCUUACGAUUUUACAGGACGAACCGUAGUUGUAAAGUUGUGCUAGGUUAAGGUAAUGCACUUGAGGCGAUCGAACAUUCCAUCUCCACCCUGUCUGAGAGGCGGCGGCUGCGCCGGCCGGCCCCGCCGCCGGGCGCCGCCGCGAGUGAGCAAGUGCGUGCCCGAGUAAGAUAUUAGCGUUAUUUUAUUUGAAUUUGUAAUAUUGCAUAUAUUUUGUUAAUUUAUCCACAAAAAUACUGAUGCAAUUAGCCUUAGUGUUAUGCAAUAUUGAUUUAUGUCCUACCAACUACAUGGAAAUUUAUUGUAAAUGACAGUGUAAAUCUAAUAAUAAAAUUCAAAAGUCCAAAA